AUGUCGUCGAGAAUUAACAUUGCUCGCCCACAGACCAACUACAGCGUCGACCCACACGGUCUUUCUAAUUCUCGUCCGUCUUCCGGAUACAGAGCCGCGGAUCCUGAUGACCCGCUCGAGAAGAUCAAAGCGUUUGCCAAAACCGUAGAGGAUAAUGUUGAAAUCUACUCUCAGCCUUUGAAACCCCAUUUGCCGGCAAUUGGUCGUUUCCUGAUUGUGGUGACUUUCCUGGAGGACGCACUGCGCAUUGUUACACAAUGGGGCGACCAGAUCUGGUACUUGCAACAACACCGUCAUUUCCCCUGGGGACUCUCUCAUACUUUCCUUAUUGUCAAUGUUAUUACUAUGCUUGUCGGGUCCACCGCGGUCAUUCUCAAGAAAAACACCGAACACGCUGUUGCUGGUCUUUUAGCUGUUGUUAUUAUUCAAGGGUUUGGAUACGGAUUAAUUUUUGACCUCAACUUCUUCCUGCGUAAUCUUAGUGUCAUUGGUGGAUUAUUCAUGGUCUUCAGUGAUUCGAUGGUGUCUAGAAAAAGCGUAUUCGCUGGCCUUCCAAGUAUCAGCGAAACUGACCGAAAGAAAUACUUCCUUCUUGCUGGCCGUGUUCUUCUUAUCUUCCUCUUCCUUGGUUUCAUGAUCCAGGGUACAUGGAGUAUUGUCCGUGUCUUUGUUUCCAUUAUUGGGCUCGGCGCCUGUGUCAUGGUUGCUGUUGGAUUCAAGGCCAAGUGGUCGGCGGCUUUCCUCGUUAUCGUCCUCAGUAUCUUCAAUGUCUUCGCCAACAAUUGGUGGAGUGUGCACUCUGCUCACCCACAACGCGAUUUCUUGAAAUACGACUUCUUCCAGACACUCUCAAUUGUGGGUGGUCUCAUCCUUUUGGUCAACAUGGGGCCUGGUGGUCUCUCCGUGGACGAGAAAAAGAAGACAUAUUAA